AUGAUUCAGCUUCUGUUCACGUUGAUAUUUUCGGAGGGUGCGAUGAUAGCUUUGCUGCUGUUCAAGACCCCGUUGAGGAAGCUUGUGAUAAUGGGGUUGGAUCGGUUGAAGCGGGGUCGUGGACCCUUGGUUGUGAAGACCGUUGCAGGGACCAUUCUCGUGGUGCUCUUGUCGAGUGUGUACAGCAUGGUCAACAUUCAGAAGCAUGAGAUCGAGGAUGGUGGUGCCAUUAAUCCCACCGAUCAGGUUCUCAUGGCCAAGCACCUCCUUGAAACAACACUCAUGGGUUUACUCGUAUUUCUGUUGAAAGUCAGCAUAGGAGGGAGAAAAGCAGAAAUAGCCAACAUGAAAGGACAAGUAGUUUUCAAUGCUCAGAACAUGUUCAACCAUGUUGUGAAACUUCUCAAUUACAUUCCACCUGCUUAUACAUAUAUGCAUGUGCUGUAA